AUGUAUGGGGCUCCGUUCUCGAGACCUUCCCUGCAAUCGUCCACACCUUCCCACUUCAAGGACUCGGCUAGAAAUGCCAUUUACCAGCAACUUUCUCCCUUGGUGGUAACUUCAAAUAGUGCCGGAUCCAUCAGGUCUGCUCCCUCCCAAUAUCAAAUUUAUAAAAAUCCACCGCCAAUUCCGCUGCACCGAUCUCAGGCAUCGAGUGUCUUUUCUGUGAACAGAUCGGUACGGUCGGCUCCUUCGAUAUAUUCGAGUUCCACAGCAACAAUUCCCGAGGAUGCGGAACCUGCUUCCACCACUGUUGAUCAGCUCAUUAACGAUAUUUCUUUGCAUGAGGAAUUCUGUUUCCGUAAGAGACAAGAACUGCUUCAGAACGGAGUGGUGGCCCCUGAAAGCGCUGACGAUGAGGUGGAGUUCUACAAGAUUUCCUUGGGUUCCGAACUUCAAUAUCAGCAUCCUGAAUCGUUGAUCGACUGGAAUUUGAAUGUUACCCGGUGUAAACUAUUUCUAAUCCACCUUCCAAUCGUUUCCUCAACUCCCAACUUUACCUAUUCCAACACCACGUUGCCAUUGCUCGUUGGAGACCUUGCCAAAACUUGUCAUAUUGUGUUGCUUCAACCUCAUAUAUCCGACAAGGAACUCAUAUAUACCCUAUUUUCAUCUAAUAUCUACCAGGAACACAACUUGGACUACAAUUUCAAAAAGUCGGUGGCUGAAAUAUCCGUCAAGCAAUCUCGGCUUCUUCAAAUCAAUUCGCUGCUGCUGUCUCUGCCUAUAAAAUCCACCGAAUCAUUCCUCAAGUCCAAAUUCAAAGAAACUGCGGUUCGCAACUACCUCAUCAACCUUGCCGCCGCCGCUACCACUGCUCACGAGUACAAGCUCAAAAGUGAAGAGAUUAAGAAAUUGGCCAAAACCGACCCUACCCGUAAGAAAAAACUCUCCAAACAAGAAAAAAAAUACUUAUGGGAUCAAGUGCGUCUGGACGUAUUUAAACGGGCUGGUUUAGAGUGA